CCUUUCUCUGAGCUUCAUCCGCUGUGCGAGACGCGUGUUUACACACUCCCAGGGUCGCGGGCGUGCUGGAGCCUACCCCAGCUAUCUUCGGGCGAACGGCGGGGUAUACCCUGAACCGGUCGCCAGCCAAUCGCAGGGCACAUAGAAACAAGCAACCAUUCGCACCCACAUUCACGCCUACGGGCAAUCUAGAGCCUUCAAUUAAUGCAUGUUUUGGUGAUGUGGGAGGCAACCGGAGUGCCCGGAGAAAACCCACGCAGGCACGUAAUUCUGAACUUUGAACCCCGGUCCUCAGAACUGUGAGGCAGAAGUGCUAACCAGUCGGUCACCGACCGCCCUGUGACUCAUUGUUGGCAAAAUAUCAUUUUGCAUUGACACCCAAGGCUAUGAGGUUAAUCGACUGAACUAAAUGCAUAUGUGAAAGUAUCCCAUGAUGGUCGUGAGCUUGGUGCUCUGCUGCUAUUUUUAAGACGUGUGGCAGCUGAAACCUCCCAAGAUGAAGGAGUCCAUAAUGAACCAGGAGAAGCUCGCCAAACUGCAGGUGCAGGUCCGCAUAGGUGGCAAGGGAUCAGCCCGCAGAAAGAAGAAGGUGGUGCACAGAACAGCGACGGCAGAUGACAAGAAGCUGCAGUUCUCCCUUAAGAAGCUGGGAGUCAACAAUAUCUCUGGCAUCGAGGAGGUGAAUAUGUUCACAAACCAGGGAACAGUUAUCCACUUCAACAACCCAAAGGUGCAGGCAUCCCUGGCGGCCAACACCUUCUCCAUUACGGGCCACGCUGAGAACAAACAGCUCACGGAGAUGCUCCCGGGAAUCCUACACCAGUUGGGAGCGGACAGUCUUACGAGCCUCAGGAGAUUAGCAGAGACGCUGCCCAAUCCAACCGGGGAGAGCAAAGCACCCAUGGUCGCUGCCGAAGAGGAGGAUGACGAAGUUCCUGAUCUUGUCGAGAACUUCGAUGAGGCUUCAAAGAACGAGGCCAACUAACAUACCCCAACAAACACAAACUCUUAACUCACCUCAUUUUUUAUUUGUCCGUGACGACUGCACGUCCAGUUUAUGUGGGAUAAAACGAGUAAAACUGAAAUCCCUGUCCUCUGCUACACCGCUCUGUGGCAUUCUGCAGUAAAAGUAUUUAAUUCAGCCAUCUUAACGCUGCCACUCUUGCUUUGUGAUGCCAACAAACUAGUGGAAGUAAUCACGUAAUAAAGAUUACAUUGAAACCA